AUGGCAUCUGAUUCAGGCUCAGUCAUCUACCACGGCGAGGACGACGGCGACGAAAGAGGAAGAACAAGAACAAGACGGGAACAAGAAGACAAAGAAGACGCCCUUGCAGAGAGACACGAUCUUGCCCGCGAAGCGGCAGAGAGCAUCUUGUUUCGAAUCGCAGAGACACAGACUCUAGCACCGCAGACGUUUGGUGGUGGUGGCGGCGGCGGUGGUGGUGUUCAUAACCUCGACAGAAGUCGAAGCCGAAGCCGGAGUCGAAUUCGAAUUCGAAGCGAUCCUCGUGCUACCUUUCCGAGCCCUGUCCCGAGUACUCAAGCGUCCAGAUCAUCAUCACCAGAUAUUGAUGGAUACAUCCUCCGCGCUCGUGGUGCUUGGGUGACUUCACUACCUACACACACUCAACCUCACAUUCAACCUCGCACUCAACCUCACACUCACACUCGCGCUCAAUCCCACAUUCGCACUCAUCGUCGUUCCUUGUCCAUUUCACUCUCUGCUGAAGACGAAGAAGAGGUUCGCAGAAUGACCAACAUCAACAACAGCACCUCCUCCUCCAGCGCUUUCCCUCCUCUCGACACCACGGGCAUGGGCGGCGUCGGCAUGGGCGGUCAAGGUCGCAACAACAUUGCGUCUCCUACGACCAGCGGCCAUGCGGGUGGUAGCGCGGCGGCUGCAAACGGUAACGGCGCAGGCAACAAUGCAUCGAAUUACAUGGCUACCCUCCCCGUCGGACACCAGCAAGACCUCAAUUAUCUUUACAACCAGAUCCAAGAGUUGGGAGCGCUGUUGAGAAGUAAUCGGGAACAAGUGAAUACCAUCACAAGAACUGCCGAGGAAGUCGCUAAUCGUGCAAAUGCAAAUCAUACGAGCGGCGGUGGUGGUGACGAUGGAGGAGAGAUACCCGAAGCAGAGAGAGCCAAAAUGAGAGAGGUUCAACGUGAACUAGCAAAGGCAAAACACCUCGUCGAACUCUACAAGCACGAACAAAAGGAAAACACCAGCCUCAUCGCCAUGUACGAGGAUGCACUGGGUACCGCGACAGAACAGAUCCGCAACUACUGUUCGGGGAUCGAGGCACGAUUCCUCGAACAGCGUCGCCACUACAACAACCUCUUGCAACAGGAAAAGGACGAUCAUCUCCAGAGCCGGUUGGACCGUGAUCACUGGUUCGCGCAAACCCUCAAGGUGUGUGAGAUGAUUCGGACGGCGUACCGGCUGCGCACGGAUGAGUGGGGUGAAGAGUAUGCUGUGAUUUCGGGUCUACAGGCUCAAGUGCGUUGUUAUCGACGUGUCUUGGGAUGGGAACCAGAAGCGCCGGAAGAGGAGAUUGGCUGGCCUUACUUGAAGGAUCUGCCUCUCAAUGACAGAACUUGA